AUUGUUUUUAUUAGAAAAACUCAAAACUCAAGAAAUUGCAUAUCCUUCAUCAAAACGUUCAGAUAAAAAGCCGAAAAACAAUUCAAAAAAGCGAGUGGUAAAAAUAUAACCAAUUUAAAAAGUGCAGAGGGGAGCGUAAAAUUGUGUUUCCCAUGAAACGACCCAAAAUUAGGUCAGUAAGCCAAUAAAAAACAGGAUGAAAUAGUUUUUUUGCAGAAAAAAAAUUGGCCGACAGAAUUUUAUUUGAAACAGAAUAUUUCUUCUUUCGAAAAAAACAGGUCCUGAUCAGAUUUCAACCCAUGACAUUUGCCGUCCCAGGCGUAUUCGUUACCUCCAGGAUAAGUGAGCCGAGAGUUAAGAAUUUGAAUUAGUCCAUUAGAGAUUAGUCCUGUGAACAAAGUUAUUUACGGGAAAAAGUCUAGUAACCGAUUGCAAUACCCUUGCUUAUCGCAAGGGUAAAUAAUGACUAAAAUUCCAUAAGUUUUGUUUCAUUGUUAUUUCACUUAUCUGUUCUAUCUAUGAAGAAUUUUUAUGUGCGAGUUUGAAAACACCGCUGUAUGGGGCUAGUAUAAAAAACCUGAAUUAAAAAAAUUCUAACAUCCUCCAUUAAUAUAAUUGUGUCAGAUAAAAAUUUAUAUCAAAGUACUUUUUCGCAUUUUUUAGAGGAAGUAAUUGUAUAUAAAUAGUGCAAACAACUGAAUAAUCAACAGCAUAGCUACUUUUUAACUAACAUAAACCUACUUUUAUCUUCCCACUUUGCGACUGUUUUGUACCAUUAUUGAUCCUGUUUUCUUCAGGGAAGAUAAUAUUCUCUCUAACCAUAUCAUUCAAGAGAAUUACUCGACUAGAUACACUUUUAUCAUUGAACAAAGAUAACAUUAGCCUAGUGGUCUAGUCGUAGGCUCCGGAAACACGGCUAAAAGGAAUCAUUCAAAGGGGUUCUUACUUCGCAGGCAGUUCUUUUUUCCCGGCACCUGAAAAGGUCAACUCCACUUAUAUGAAUGGAACCUUAUUAAAACUUCUCUUUAGCAACAGCCGAUACAAUAACUGCCAAUUUCGCGAUCCAUUAAAGCACUUGAAGAUCCCAUUGAAAUGAUAUAACGUCAGAGAUCACUUAGGAAUUGAAAAAAGAUCACAGUCGGUUUUUGGGUAAAUCCAUUAUUCAAGAACAGACCUGCAACUUCAACAUUUUGGGAUAACCGUCAUUCAAGCCUGAGUUAAUUUAUUCCGCCCUAUUCAAUUCCACAACUAUCCGCAGAGAAAACUUGCCGUUAUUUUAUUUUAAAAAACGGAGCAACAAAAAUGAGCGCAACCCGCUCUGCAAAUUCAAAUUCAUUGAACCCAGUUUGAUGACAAGCAUUCACUCUAAUCUAUUGCCUCGAUUUCUUUGUUCUCGUGUCAACAAAUCACAAAGAGCUCUAGUCUCGAAAACACGUCACUUAAAGUCCUUCGUUGUUCUCCACCCAUUAUAGCUACUUUGGCACAAUAAAUUUUGCACCCAAAUUCAAAAAUAGUGUAAAACUUCAUAGUCGUGUUCAAUGUUAUCUUACUUUAGUCCUUGAAGUAUAUUGAUUCACCUGCAUUAUCUACUGGAAAAAAAUUUGCAAUUCUUCAUUUUUUUUACUGAAUCCACCAAAUUCAUUUGCCCUUUUUUGGAAUAUUGUUGAGACUAUUUUAUUCGGUCUGCUAGGACGUUGAAGGAUGGAUAACCCCGGAGCUACAACUGGAACCAACUGUGGUCUGGCUACAACAGCAAGAAAGAGAGAUUUCGGCUCGCUUGGUCAGAACUCUUCAUCAUCGCAUCAGCAGUACUUCUACGAAGACUAUAGCGGCUACAUGCCACCUGACUUCGCUGAUGAACCAGAACUCAGCAGUCAAAUUCAGAGCAGUGUCAUCGUCUUCAUCCUAGUGCUUCUAUGGCUCUACACUAUUGCAAUGUUCAUUCGAAGGUCUCGUUUCUUACGGACAACUGGGCAGCGUCAGAGUAGUUACAAGACAGGUCUGCCUUCGACGACUGCUGCGACUGACACUACGAGUAACCCCAGCAGGCGACAGUCUCUAGCAGCUGCUGCACAGGCUAAACGAAGUCUAACUCAACCUAGGAAUAUCGAAACCUGGUUUGAUGGCGAUGCCGCGACAAAAGCAAUGAGCGUAAAAAACCUGAUAACUUCCGAUAAACAGAAUUCGAUCGCGUCGCUAGAUGAUCGCAUAUUAUAUAACCAUACCCCUACGUUUGGAAAAAAGAUAAAGCCAGCAAUGAAAAUCAGUUUACCAUCAUGGCGCGUCGAACGAUCACGUGACAGCUGUGAUUUUAAGACCUACCAACCUCAGAGAAACAUGAGCUAUUCCGACUUUCAAAUCGAGCCACAGAGAAUGUACAGGAAAAAAAACUCGAACGAUUCGAUUAUUUCCCCUGAGUUCGCAGCAAACCAGCGUUACGGCGGCUCAAAUAGAGAUGUAGUAGUCCACAGUUCCGAUAUGACCAAGGGCAAUUCUAUAACAUCUAUAUCAGCAAAGGCCGAACCCAUUCCACCUCUACGUAUGAACCCGAAAAUUAGUUUGACAACUGAUUUCUCUAGUUGCGUAAUAGACGUCGACAACGAUGACCUCAUAAUAAGUGAGGUCAUUCCACGAGAAAAAUCGAGUGACAAAUCGCCAGGCCUCAGCGAGCGCACGAUUAGAAACGAAAGCCCGAGAACAGAAGCGCCGCAAAGUUCGUUUUCCUUCUGUUGAGUCGAAUUCAAUGUUAUACAGCUCUCCCAAGUUGUUGUAAAUUAGUUUCAAUGUUAUAAAACUAAUAGCAGUUCAGUAUAUUGUAGAUUCAACCCCGAUUAAAUGUUAAA